AUGGAGGCUUGUCCUGCACCCACGAGUCCUGAGGCUCUGCCAGCCGAGGGUCAGCACAUUGACCUGACAGAGGACCUGGCCCAGCAGCUGGAGGACAUCAUUAGCGCCUACCAGGCUGACGAUAUUCCCGCUGAGCCAGAGGACACAGAGGAGGUCACAGCCGUCAAAGUGCCAGACACCCGCAAGGACCAGAAACUGGAGAAGAAGAUGCUCAAAAAUCUAGGGAAAGAAGCCAUGCUGCUGAUGCAAAGUUUGAACAAACUCAACACUCCAGAGCAGAAACUGGAAGCCAUCAUCAAGAAGCACGCUGAGCUGUUGGAGGAGCACCGGAGUGACCAGAAGCAGCUCAAAGUUCUGCAGAAGAAGCUGCUCCAGGUGAUGAAGGAGAAGGACCAGCUGCAGAGCGAGCACAGCCGGGCCGUGCUGGCUCGCAGUAAACUGGAGAGUCUCUGCCGAGAGCUGCAGAGGCACAACAAGACCUUAAAGGAAGAGACCCUGCAGAGGUGCAGAGAGGACGACCUGAAGAGGAAAGAGAUCACCACCCAUUUCCAGGGGACGCUGAGUGAGAUUCAGGCCCAAAUCGAGGAACACAGCGGCCGCAACACCAAGCUGUGCCAGGAGAACAGCGCGCUGGCAGAGAAACUGAAGGGACUCAUUUCACAAUACGACCAGCGAGAGGCGAACCUGGAAAAGGUCUUCAAACACAGAGACCUGAAAGAAAAGCUGCUGGAUACCAAACUCACGCAGGCCAACAUGAUACUGAAGGAGACGGAGGACACGCACAAGCUGGAAAGAGAGCUGAUGCAUAAACAGAUGACAGAAUAUAAAGCGAAACUGAAGGUCAUGAGGGAGCAAGAAAACGAUAUGAGGAUCCAGCUCGAGAUGUACUCCAAGAAGUUUGAUGAAUUCCAGGGCACGGUAUCAAAGAGUAACAGCGUCUACAGCGACUUCAAACAGGACAUGGACAAAAUGGCCAAGAAAAUGAAAAAGCUGGAUAAAGAGAACCAGUCGUGGAAGAGUCGCUUUGAUAACUGCAACAAGAGUCUCCUCGACAUGGUUUCAGAUAAAGCAAUCAAGGAAAAGGAGUUUGAGCUCAUCAACAUCAAGAACCAGAAGCUCGAGAAUCUGUGCAGGGCUUUGCAAGAGGAGAGGAAGACUCUCUUUGAGAAGGUGCAAGGAGCUGGAACUCAACCACACAUCAACAGUGCAGAGCCAACGGAGAAAGAGGGCCCCGAGGAGCUGGUGACCCCUGAAGUCCCUAAAGACGCAGACCCCGUCCAGGAAACUGAAGCUCCCGCCUCCGCUGCCCCCGCUGGGAAGCCAACACCCCAAACCCCAAUGACCAAGGAACUGGAUAAACUGAAGGCCGAGCAGAGCCGCCUGAAGGAGAUCGCCGGCUCUUUCACAAUCUCUCAUGUUUUACCCACAGAAACAGCCGUCAGCCAAUCACAAGAACUCUCCGAGGGCGUCCAAGAGCCAGAGGAGAACCACACAGGGGAGAACCACAUAGAGGAGACCAACGGCGAACACCUCCCGGAGGUCGAAGACGACGGAUGCCAAGGAGAGAGAGAUUUGGAAAUGGAGUCGGUUGAUUAA